CACACCGCCGCAGUAUCUUUUGUGUUUUGAACAUUUGUAAACAAUGGUUUCAAUUUGUUGUUUUCCUGUAAAAACAUACACACAAGCAUGUGCUUGCGGGCGCAACACGUUACGUGGGUAAAUAUUAGCAUAAACGUCACUCAAGCACGGCAAGGCUGGUGUGACGCGAGAAGUGAGCACCUGCGCACUGAUUGACACUUUACACGUUAGACCUGGAUAAUUAACUCCGCGGUUGGUUGUGCCUUCUCAUGGGAAGGACUGUGUGAAGGCCGUCUGGGAUUUGGCGGUACUGCCCACUUUAGGAUUUAAGACUUUGCUAGGCGGGCAGAGGUUCGUCCUGGCCGGUUUCUGGAAGGACUGACCCACGUUAUUGGGAAGGGAUGGGUGUGGGAUCAUGUGCGUCACCCAGCUGAGUCUCGCAGAGCGUGAGCAUGUACAGAAGGAACGGACUGACGGCCAACGUCGCGGUCACCUCCGCCACCUCAGAGGGCAGCAGCAGCUCCGAGUCUCUGGACAGGCCGAGCGCAGACUACGCCAAAAGCUACGAUGCCGUGGUGUUCGACGUGCUGAAGGUGACGCCGGAGGAGUUCGCUAGCCAGAUCACUCUGAUGGAUGCCCCUGUUUUCAGAGCAAUCCAACCAGAGGAGCUGGCCAGCUGUGGGUGGAACAAGAAGGAGAAGCACAUCCUGGCACCCAAUGUGGUGGCUUUCACUCACCGGUUCAACCAGGUCAGCUUUUGGCUGGUGAGGGAGGUGCUGACCGCCCAGACCCUGAAGAUCCGGGCCGAGAUCCUCAGUCACUUUGUCAAAAUCGCCAAGAAACUUCUGGAACUGAACAACCUCCACGCACUGGUGUCUGUGGUCUCCGCCCUGCACAGCGCCCCCAUCUUCAGACUCAGCAAGACCUGGGCGCUAAUCAGCCGUAAGGACAAGGCCACGCUGGAGAAGCUGGACUACCUAACGUCUAAAGAGGAGAACUACACGCGCAUGAGAGAGUACAUCCAGUCUCUGGGGAUGGUGCCCUGCAUCCCCUACCUGGGUAUUUACCUGUUUGACAUGACCUACAUCGACUCAGCCUAUCCGGCUUCAGACAGUAUCAUCGAGACGGAGCAGAGGACCAAUCAGAUGAACAACCUCCUCAGGAUCAUCUCCGACCUGCAGGUGUCCUGCAACUACGAGCACCUGGUGACGCUGCCACACGUGCAGAAGUACCUGAUGUCCGUGCACUACAUCGAGGAGCUGCAGAAGUUUGUGGAGGACGACAACUACAAGCUUUCCCUGAGGAUUGAACCUGGAAAUGGCCUGACCUCCUCUAAAGAAGACCUUGCAGGACCCUCUGAAGUGUCCUUCUCAGACAGGUACAGCCGUCGCCCGACCUGUCCUGACACCUCCACGUGCCACCACCUGCCCACCCCGCCCCCGUCCCGCCACAGGAAGAGCCACAGCCUGGGAAGCAAUAUGAUGUGUAUGUUCAGCUUGGUGGAGAGCAAGAGUGCCACCUUCCCUAUAGACAAACCACGCCACCUGCUGGAUGACAGCUUCUUGGAGUCUCAUAGCCCAUCCUGGAACCCGUCGCACAGCUCUGAAUACACCAAUGGCCUUUCGCUAGGCAGCAGUCAGAGUUCAGUCAGCGAGGACCUCUUCAUCAGAGUGGAAAGGAGCCGUCUGUACGCCACGCUGGGGUCCAACUGGAAGGUACCGGUCCGGAACUCCCCCAGGAGCCGCAGUCACCUCCACAGCCCCCCAGGAUUUGAUCCUGUCCUGCCAGAUAGUGGGGUGGGCGGGGCCAUUAUGGAGGGCCCACUGCGCAGGAAGACCGUGCUGAAGGGAGGCAGGAAGCCUACGUUCUCUUCCUGGACCCGGUUCUGGAUCAUUCUCGCUGGCACAACACUGACAUUCUACAGCUCCAAAGCUCUGAGGGCCUCAGAGAGGAAGCAUUACAAAUCCUCGCCGUGUAAGACGGUUUCCUUGGCCGGCUGGAUGGUGGUGUUACCGGACGACCCGCUGCGGCCAGACGUUUUCCAGCUGAGUGAUCCCGAGAAAGGCAACGUUUACAAGUUCCAGACGGGAUCCCGGUUCUCAGCGAUAAUCUGGCACAGGAGCCUGAACGAGGCGUGUCGGAGCUGUCGGCCUCAGAUACCCACCAACCUGAUGUCAUUUGAGUAGACAUUCACCCCAGACCGGACAGCCAGCCCAGCGCUGUAUAUAGUGCCAAACCCAUUCGCUCAGGAGGAGGAGGAGGAGGAGGAGAUUGCAGAGUCGCUGCCUGUUCUGCUGCUGCUGUUCAGGAAGGCCUUUUGACACCCAUCUCAAACUGCGAGGGGGUGUAGGGGGAGGUGAGAAAGGACCGACGAAUCGAAACGCAGCGCGACGACCGCUAAGCGGUGCGGUUGGAAGCUGACACACACACACACACACACACACACACACGUACACACACGUACACACACACACACACACACACACACACACACACACACACACACACACAC